AUGCCUGGCCCUCACUCACUGCAGAGCAUCAGGGACCUGAGCACCUGUGACAGACAUGGGAAAGAACAGACCUGGUUCUGUGAGGAGGACCACGGACCCUGCUUCCUAAGCACAGAGCAGAAGGAGCACAAAGUGCUUCCCUUGGAAGAGGCUGCUGGUCAGUGCACUGAGGAGCUCCAGGAGAAAUGGACUCUCUUCAAGAGUAAGAAGCAGCAAUUUGAAAUGGAAUUGGAAUGUGAGAAAACCAGGGAAGCCCAGUGGGAGGGGGAGGGCCAGACUCUCAAAGAGCUGGUUGUAGCUGAAUAUGAGAAAAUGCACCAGUUCUUUUUGGAGGAAGAACGGCUACAGUUACAAAGACUGGAAAAGGAAGCAAGAGACAGCAUGGUAGUUAAGGAGAGCCAGGACAGCCAGUCCCAAGUAACCCUCCAUCAGCCAAUGGACCCAGCACAGAAGCCUGUGGAAAUGCUCAGGUUGGAGGUUCAAGCUAUGAUGGAGGUGGUUAAGUCUCAGUUUGAGAAAAAGCACCAGUUCUUGUCAGAGGAAAAACAGCUACAGCUACAAAGACUGGAGCAGCAGGUGAAAGACAACUUGGCAAAGUUUGAGGAGAGCAAGGCAAACAUGACCCAACAAAUGCACAGUCUGGAAAUGGUGAUGUCAGAAAUAGACAGAACUUCUGAUCAGCUUCCCGCGGAGAUGCUCCAGGAUGUGAAGGGCACACUGGAAAGGAAUGAGGAGCUACUGCUUCAAAAUCCAGUGGUGGCUUCCCCCAGAUGGACCAUGUACCCCAUCACUGGCAUGCCAGAAAUGCUGUUGACUUUCCACAGGGAUAUCACUCUGGAUCCUGAAACUGCCCAUCCUCAUCUCAUCCUGUCUGCUGAUCUGAAGAGUGUCCAAUAUGCUUCUGACGCCCAGGAUGUGCCCAACCACCCCAAGAGAUUUGACUUUGCUCUCCGUGUCUUGGCUACCCAGAGCUUCACCUCAGGGAAACACUACUGGGAAGUCGAGGUGGGGAAUAAAAAAGAGUGGGAGGUGGGCAUCUGCAGAGAAUCAAUCAGGAGGAAGGGCCAUGGCCGCAAGUUACCUGGGGAUACACGGACCCUCGUAGCCUCCACAUUUGGCAAUGACUUUUUCCUCUGGUACUCCCACAAUAACAUUCUUCUAAGCCAACCUGUUCACAAGGUGGGCAUCUUCCUUGAUUAUGAGAGAGGCCAUAUAGCUUUUUACAAUGCUACAGAUGGAACUCUCAUCUACAGUCCCCCAAAUGACAGUUUUCAAGGGGCUCUUCUUCCUUGCUUCUCCCCUUGCUUUCCAAAGGGCAACAGCCACUCUGGACCUCUACGGAUCUGUCCCAGGAGCAACUAG